CCCUCUGAUCAGGGUGCCAAAAGUUGGGAUCCAUAUUCAGGUGACUAUGUUCAAGGAGAGAUCUUUCCUCUUGGCCCAGGAGGUAAUCAUUAUUCUCAGCGUGAACGGGAUGGACAGCACCAGCCUCCACCUCCAGAACCACGCGCAUCUUCCACGGGCGCUUACUACAAGGAGGGCGAAAACGAACCCACAUCACGAAAAAGGAGAAAGGCUGUGGUUCCAGACGACGACUCUGAUUACAAUCCU